GGGGCCAUUGCUUUCGCUGUGGUAAAACCGGACACCUUCCCGCCGCCUGUUCAGAAACGGUCACCGUUGCCGGCAAACCCGUUGCUGCCAUCUCUGCAAAAUCAAACAGCAAGAAUGCCCUCCUUGCACCAAACGGAAGUCCAUUCUGCUUCACGUUUGCACGGGGAGGAGCCUGCCCCUUUGACGGAAAGGGGAAAGGAUGCAUCAACCACCACGGCUGCAGCGUCUGCCUCGACACCGGUCAUGGUGCCGCAAAGUGUUCCUACCUCGCUUGAUCCUCGCAACGUCACGACGCCCAUCCAGGUUGACAAAGUGGAAGCCUUGUUACAAGAGCUGGGCAUUGCAGAGGAUUGGCGUCAUGUCCUAGAGGGACUACGCAACGGUUUUGAUGUUGGUGUCAAAGACACACCCCCACGCUCCUUUAUGUUCAAAAAUCAUGCAUCGGCCUCGCUGGACGAGGAAUUCAUCGACUCAUACAUUGCUGGAGAGCAAGCUGCAGGGCGAUACUCACAGGGCUUUGCCCCCGACGACCUAGAGGGUAUUAUAGGAUUCUUUCGCACGUCACCCUUAGGGCUAGUGCCCAAACCUCAUUCCGACCAUCUGCGGAUGGUGCAGGACAUUUCAUACCCUCGCAACAAUGUAUGCCAUAAAUCCCCCUAGUGUUUGUAGUCUCGAAUAACAUUUGCACUUUCAUGUGUAGCCCG